AUGUUUACCUUAAUAGCCGUUGCCAUCGUGGUGGCGCUAGCGGCCGUGCUCUUCUUGGUCAACUUGAUCCCCCACGUCACCGUCCGCUCCUUGGGCUGGUUCUCCCUCCGCAAAGUCUCCAUCAACCUCCGUCACACCACCAUCCAUAUAGAUAAGCUUACGCUAUGGCUCAACAUCUGGCUGCUGCAGCUCGAGCCGUAUCGGAUGGUCCACGUUGCGUUGAUAGACGUGACGGUCGAGCAGAAAAAGAGCUCUGCCGGUCUGGACGAAUCACAAUCGCUGCAGACGGUCAUUCCGGAACACCUAGAGUUCAGGGUGCCCGGCUGGGCUUACAACUGGUUGCUCAAACGGACCUGGAUGAACCAGGUGGACAUUCACGUAAUUCGCUGUUCUGUUCACCAUGAAGGGUUCAGUCCGGACGUUUCGGCCCACUUCGACUACACUCGUCUCCACAGCACCUACAACAUCACCCCCAGCACCUACACACUCAGCCUCCUGGUGAUAGACGGGUACUUGUUGAAUCUGCGAUCGAAGCUCCUGCCGAACGAGAAUCUGAUAAAGAUCUUCCAAAAUGUGGUUGUGUCGCUCGGCUCCUCGCUUAUCUUCUCGUGCUGUCGAGACCUGAGAAACCAUAUGGUGAUGGACCUCAGCGAUAUCACCAUGCUGACUUCGAUCCUGAGUCCUCACAUCACGCCGAUCUCGGGCCUUACGCCUGCAAAACCGAAAAAGGCUCCAAAACCAACGUACGACACCUCCGACUCCAUCCCCAUGUUGGACCAGUUCGUCAAGGCCUUCGCUAUAGUGUCCUCGGUGGAACUCCGUAUCGAGAACCUCAAGGCUGAGUACAACCACAUUGUUGUUGAUGUCUCGAGCACUUUGAUUUCCCUCCGGAGAGAGAAGUCCUACAAGCUCAAUACCUUGUUGGAGGCAUCGGCAUACGUCAACUCGCUUCGGGUCUUCAGCUUGGACACAAAGUGUGUGGAUGUUCCUUCCCUUACCUAUUUAUUUGAGUCUGACAUGUCCGACUUGUUCAGGGCCUACGAGGCCGGAAACACAGAUCAAUUCUUUGUUGACGUCAAGACCAGUUUGGACCUCACGCAUCCUUCCUUCGAUAUCUAUUUCGACCAAAUCGAAACGUUUAUGGAGAAGCUCAAGCUGUCGAGCUCAAAGUCUAAGCGAACGGCGGAACAUGAGCAGAAGCAAUUUUUGGCUGUGCCCUUGAGUAAGUACCUCCGAAAGAUGAGAGCUACAUCUGUGAAGGUGGGUAUUUCAGAAACCAGAGCCACCCUCCAUCUUCCCGCAAUGGACCUGAAGGAAUUCAAUCGUUCUUCUGUUCACAAUGUCACCGCCACGGCUAGCAUCUCCACCUUCCUCACAAAGUAUUCCUCCAAGGAGCUUGGCAAGAUCCUCCUGCUCCAUACUCGUCCAGAGGACCCUCCAUCUUCUCUCAAAGCGUUUGCCAAAAUUAAGAACUUGGUCAUUGAUGUCGAGGAGAAUCAAGUUGUGGCCACAAAAUUGAACUUCAUGACGGCUUACUGCCUCAACACCCACAGAGUCAAGCUUAAAGUCUUCAGUAAGCGCUUUGUCAUCAAAUCCGUGAACGAUAUGAUCUUCUACGUGGUCAGAAGGCUUCGAGACAGUCACAUUAAGCAUUACAACCAAAUGUUGCAACAGAAGCGUUUGGAGACCACUACGGAUCCGGACUCCACAUUCAACGAGCCCGAAUCGAAAACAGAAAUUACAUUCAUCGACUUCCUUGAUAUUCUACCCGACUGUAUCGUCCAAGCUACGUUUAGGGCCUCGGAGAUCCAUGGAACUAUCAUUUGCAAAGACGGUUUACCAUCCCACAUUAUCGGUGAUGAAGGAGAAGAAACUGACUUGGCUGACUACCGAAAAGGUGUUUCAAUCAUCAUCAAAGACUACUUGGUGGACUUUGAUCGAAACGAGGAGCACUUCUUCUCGAAAGCAAAGACGACAGAAAUUUUUGUUUUAAGUGAAUACGCUGCUAAAGUCGAUGCUUCUAUGUCGCCUGAGUAUGACGAAAUCAUGAAGCACGACAUCGAUUUCAGUGACCUUCUGAGUGUGGAAUCUUUUGGGGCUACUGGCCUCGAAGAAACCACCUCCAUGCAGCGUAGUGCUCUUUUCAUCAAAAACUUCAAUGUCACCACAGAGAAAAAGAAGACCGACAAGUUGAUCUUGACGGUUCCUGAAGCUGAUGGUAUGGUCGAUAUGUUCCUCAUAUGGUGUGCGUUUUACGCCAGAAGUUUGCUCAAGCUCUUCCAGCCAACAGUCGAGGUGGAGUACACAAAGUCGGAACUUAAACGCAUGAAGGGUACACAGAAGCGAGUCAAGCUUGAUAUUCAUGUCAAAUCCACCGCUAUCAAGGUUGUGCUUCCGAAUGAUGUUGACACUUUAUUUGAGAUAGAGGGUCUUAGUGUCACAGACGCCUCAAGCUCUCCAAUCUUCGAUCUAUUAAAUUGCAGACUCUAUGUCAUUCACCCAGCCACCCAAGCUUGGUGCAGAUUGGUUUGUAUCCAUCAGACCCAUUCGUCUUUGGGUGAGCUUCUUCAGGAGACAUGUUUCUUGAAAUCCAACAGCAUCAAGAUCUAUGUUCCUUUCCGCUACCUCAUUUACACGGUCAUUGACAAUAUCAUCACGAUGGUGAAAGCUACUAAGCAAGUCAAGCAUAAUUUCGAUAAUCUCAGGUCGGGCUGUACAGAGUUUGAGAGACUCAUGCCCGAAGCGAAACCCCCGAUUUUAUUCCCAAAGAUCCGCUGGUGCUCUGAUAAAUUCAAUCUUUCAUUGGAGGACGAUAUAUUUGAGGCGGAACUCGGGCUUAUCUACCAGUUGGGCCGUGUGGAAAACAUUCUCAGAGAGAAGAAGUGGUUGCUGUUUGAAGAGGAAGCCAAAAAAAUUAGAGCGAAGGUCCAGUCCUCUCCUAUUGAUCUUACAAGGGCGUCUACGGUGGAAAAGAGGCGUUUCCUCGGUGAAAGAAAGGGCAAAAAAACCCAUACUCAUCACUUCCAGCGCAACUUUGCAAAUACUUUCCGCCAUGGCUUCAGACAAAACCUGGACAAGAGUUUGCCAACUAGCUCUACGUCCGAGCUACCAAAAGGUGACGAGUCCACGGAUCGUGAAACUUCAAUAUUCACUAUGGAAGAUGCCGAGGCUGAAAUAGCUCGUGCAAGGGAAAGAUUGGAGGAGGAGAUUUCCAUGUCCUGGAUUACCAAUUUCAACAGACUCAAACGGAGCAAAUUUGCACAGGCUCGUCGGACUAAGACAAAGGUAUCUGGUUACGAUAAGAUCAACCCGUUGAUGGGUCAAAAAUACAAUAUCCAGAAACUGGCUCCUGGUGCUCCUAUCAUGUGUGUUGCGUUCAACCAAUUUGAUCUUACCUUAGACAAAGCCAAGAUCGACGAUGUGGAUGAAUUUUUGAGGGUUUAUGGAAAAGGACAACCGAAGCUCGAUUACUCGAUUCUCAUUCCGUUGGAAAUUCGUCUUCGUGCUUCGUCAUUCUACAUUUCGCUUAAAGAUUAUCCAUUACCUUUACUUACCUUCCCUGGUUGUGGCAAGCGUGGGACGAAUAUCAUGGACCUUCACGGUAAGCUUGUCAUCAAUGAGAAGCUUGUUCACAGAAAAGAGGAAAUGAGACAUAUCUACGUUCCAUUUGCUGCUGCCACCAAGAGAGAAAAGUCGGUUGACAAUUUCUACUCGGUUUAUGUUCCUCGUACACUCACGCCUGUCAAGGCAAUGUUCGACCUUUCGUGUUUAGUGGACACGGAUAAACCAUGUAUUCUCAAUUGGUCCAAAUCGUACCUGGCGGCGAUUCUGAGUGCAGCAGGUGCAUUGGACAAUUUCUCCAAGCCUCAAAUCGACGAUUCGCCAAUUGGCUGGUGGGACAAGUUGAGUCUCAUUUUGCAUGGAAAACUCAGAUUCGACAUUCCUAACGAAUUGUGUCUCCACAUCAAGAGUUCUUCAGAUCCUUACGAUAUUGUUGGUAAAAGUGCCGGUUACAUGUGGAGCUGGAAGCACGAUGUGGAGCUCAAAUUCAAUGAUACCGGCGACCAGAAAGAGCUCAUUAUGUUGAAUUCCUACGAUUUUGUUUAUGGAGUUCCUGACUGUUCAUAUGGAAGCGAUAUGCCGUGGAGCUCUUCACACCCAUUUGAUGAGACUGUUCUUGAAGAUAUUGAUGUGAGGCGUACUUUCCAAAAACACGUUAUGAAGUUUUCAUCGGAUGAAAAAGUGCAGUGGCGUCUAGGUCUUCUUUUCGAAAGAAAUGAAGACGUUAAAUGUCGUGAUGUCAGUGCGGACCACAAGCGUACCGACCAAUUCAUUCCUCACUAUGAUGUUGUGGUAACAAGUCCAGAGUUCGACUGGCAUCCUGACUCCUAUGAAGGCUUCCGGUCCGAUUAUCUCCACUUGGCUAUAGGUGUCACUUCGGUUUCCAAGAAGGGCAACAGUCACAAUACAGCUUACUUGACACCACUUGCGUUUGCCUACUUCUUCUACUGGUGGAAUUCGAUCUCGCAUACUGUCAGUAUGCCCGUUCGUCAAGGCAAGUUGUUCCCCAAAUUGGCUGAUAAGGCGUCCAUGAAAACAGGCACCCACUUGGUGACAUUCAAGUACCAGCUCAUCCUAGAGCCUCUCGCUGUCAGUCACAUGUACACUUCGUAUGAGAAUCUGGAGGAUGGUCCUCGUGUCAUUGUCACCGGUCUCAAGGGUAAGAGUGAAAAAUGUCACAUUGAUCUUCAUCAAAGAAAGGAGGUCAUUCGGUACAUUAAUGAGAAAUUGGGUAUCGACAAGAAGGUGCAUCACAUGAAGCUUCACCUAGGAGAGGUUCGUGUUUGUGAAGCUGACAUUCGUGCCAUUAAAGCAACAUUUAAGGACCCAUCGAUUCGUGGUCACAUUAUCGCUUACCUUACAAACCAAGUGGACAAACCAUUGAGUGUUGAAAAGUAUCAAGAAGAACUCGAUGACAGAGUAAGGCAUCUCAAGAGCACCAGCUGGUCUCAUGGCAUCCAAUGCAACCCAGAGGACCUAGCCUGGUUAGAUCAAGACGACUUUGUGGAACUUGAGCUGAGAGAAGAGCUUUCUCCGGAUCCAAUAAUUGAGGUACUUCCAUUUUUCCACACUCCUAGGUACACCUACUUCAGAGAGUUCACUUUGGAGAGAGAAGAUCACAAGUACCCCUUUGGACGUGAGCCAUCUCAUGUGUGCUACAUUGGUGGUGAGAGUCCAGAUACCGUUCAGGCCGACUUGUUGAAAAAGAGAGCCAACAUUCUUCGUACUGAGAUUGAAACCGAUGAGCAAGAACUUCAAGGCCAGAAUGACCCUACCGAAAGGGUACGUCUUGAGAAGCUGAUCAAGGAAGGAAAGGAGAGAAUUGAUGUCGUCAAAGACAUGUACGCUGACUGUGCUGAAAACAUCGAAGCGUUUGAUGACAAGGAGAAUGGUUAUUCCGUACAUGAAUACCUUGGUGAGGAAGAUAUUGCGAGACGUAAGUCGGCCGCUCACUCAUUAUACUCCAGCUUCAAAUCCAUUGAUCAGGCUCAUGAGAUAACAUCCGAGAACUCUGGUGUGAGUGAGUUCCACAAUAGAUUCCUUUUCCAUAACCUCAAGCUCAAAUGGAACAAUCGUGUCAGAAAUCUUGUCACAACAUACAUGAUGUUGAUCGGAACCAGGCGUACAGAAACGCUCAUGAUAUCGAAGAAGGCGGUGGAUCUCAUAGAGUGCUUUGCUGAGCAGCGUAACCGUGCUGCAAAUGAGAAACCUCCGGGAGAAAAUGAAGAAGGAUUCAAGCUGACCUUCCAGAACUCGGGAGAUGUUAUUGAGGAAUUUGAGGAAUACCUUAAUAGCUUGGCUAACGACAAGCACGAAAUGGAGUACAAGUAUCUUGUCAAAUUCAUCAGACCCCAGAUUCAGCUAGAGUGUGAGUUGGACCCCGAUUCGGUUAUGUGUGUGACCUCUCAAGACAUUGAGUUGCGUAUUCUCUCGGAGAACAUUGCUGGAACAGACGAUAUCAUCAGUGACAGUAAUAGUGAAGAGGUCAAUGCUGUUGAAUCUCGUCAUGGUACUCUCUUCAAAGACAUGCAUGCGUUUGUUUUCCACAGAGAUAACUUUCCUCAUACAUACGAGAGUCCCUAUGGUGACGAUCAUCAGAAACGAGCCUGGCCUCCCUGGGUCGACUACGAGGCUUGCGUGGACACUACAUGGUUUCAGAAAGAUCUUGUUUUGGAGAAGACUUCGAUGGCGUUGAUGCUCAAAAAACCUAACUUCUUGUCCAUGGAGUCUGCGGCAAAUCUACAUGCCGACGAGCUCAGUGUCCAUUUGGCCAAGGUAGUGGUGAAUGCCACAUCCCAGCAGUACUCGUCCAUGUACUACAUUUUGCUCAAUCUUCUUUUGGAUAGCAAGUCAGCCAAGGAGCAACUCCACCUGAGACUUGAUCAGAUCAUUGAGUUUUCAGGACUUGAAGACACUACCGGUUUGGCAGACAAGGUGAAGCUUUUGCAACGUAAUAUUGCGUUGUGUCAACAUACGCUUCUUUCUUUGAAAGAUCGUAACCUCACUGCAGAGGACAAGAGGGGCGUCUCCCAUGUUGAGCUAGAAUUGGACAGAACCUACGUUCAGCUUGCCAUCAUCACCCAUACAUUGCAGCAAGUUUCUUCGCAGAGGAAGGGAAAUCGUGGAGUUGGCAAGUACUGGAACAUCUAUGCCGAUCAGGUUAUUUGGCAUCUUUUGGAAGACACAGACAAGCCAUUGGUGGACUUGGCCAUGGCUCCAUCCAAAUUUCAGCGUGUUGAUAUGCUUGACGGUUCAAACACCAAUCUUGUGGAAAUCUCCAUGAUGCAAGGUUUCAAUCUCCGUCGAAACGCAGUGUAUCCCGACUUCAUGCUGCCUUUGAUUGACGAACCCAGCUAUGAUAAGAACAAGCCCGUUGUGGCUAUGACGUGGAAGAUGCUCAGUCGUGUUGGUGGUAUCAGGGUCAUGAGAAGCGCCAAAUUACAGUGUCAGCUGGCCAGUCUCCAGCUUGAUCUUGAAACAGCUCAGACGCUUCUUGCUUACCUCUUCCCCCACGAUGACAAACAAGAGGACAACAAACACGAACGUUCAAAUGGAAGUGCAAGCUUCAGCAGAGAUCGUGAUUCGUCAGACGAGCUGGAUGGGUCUGUGAGCACCGAAAGCAGUGGAUCGAAGACCAAGGUGAGCUCGAUCAAUCCAUUCAGGAAGAUCAUUGCCAAAAGAAAUCCUGGAAGUCCAUUGGCCUCGUCGCCUCCUCAGUCGCCAUCUAGAAGCUCUCACGACUCCGGUAGCUGGGACAAUUCUUCACGAAUUUCUUCUACCGACAUUCCAUCGAUCAACUCCGAAACAAGAAGAGCUUUGGGCUUGAAGUCGAAGAAAGAGAAGGAUGGUGAGGCCACGGAUGACCUUUCCAUCAUCAUGAAGAGAUCCUCCAAGUUCUUUGUCAUUGACGAAAUCGAGCUUACAUCCAUGAAGCUUAGAGUCAGUUUCAAGGCGCCCAAGCAUCUCAAUAUCAUUGAUGUCCACCGUCUUAUGCUCACCAUUCCGCUUUUGCAUUUCAAGAAGAAGACAUGGUCGGGCGAGGAUUUCGUGCUUCACAUUAAGAGGGAGGUGAUCCGGAUCAUCUUGGCUCAUACCGGCAAGAUUAUCGGAAACAAGUUCAAGGUCAGAGACAGAAAGGCUACCAAACAGCCGCUCAAGCAGAUUCGUGAUUUCAAGCACUACGUGUCUCUUGAGGACUUAGAAGAGGAAGGCUUGGAGCAGACGGACUCCCAGGAGUCAACUGGAGAGAUUCAAAAUGUCAAUCGGUUGCACAAGGUGAUUAAGAGCCAAGAUCAACACCAUGGCCCCACGCAUACCUAG